GCCCGAGCCUCGCGGCGCACGCGCGAGGCCCGAGGGCUGGUGGGCGGCUCCUGCCUAUUUGCCCCCCCUUCUCUUUCUCUGCGCUUGCGCAGCUAGGAUCCUGUGGCCGGAGGGGACCGGGCUGCCCCUCCCCAAAUCCGGAGGAACCGGUCGGGCCGCCGGCCUUGAGGGGUGAUGUCCGAAGGAGCCAAGCAGGUGGAAGUGGGGAGCUCCGAGGACAUUGGCUUUGAGGAGGAGGAUGGGACCUCGACCGGUAUAUUGGCCAUGCAGGAGGAGGACGAAUCAGAAGCAACCUCAGUAUCUUCCGGUGACAGUAGUCCCGCAACCCCAUCUGCCAAUGGCUAUCCAGGUCCCCAGAGCAAAGAACCCAAAAAAUCAACGGCUGGGGAACAGGUGGAUGAUGGCGGAGAGGGAGGGCAGGACCGCCUCAGCUCCUCCCAGGCGCCGAGCCCCGAGUGGCACGAGUGCCCUGAGUGUGGGCGUGGCUUUGGCACCUCUCGGGCCCUGAAGGUGCACCGUAGCUACCACGUGGGGCGCAAAAGGCCACACAGUGGUUCCUCUUCAGCCAAGCCACCCCCACUGAUCUUGUCGGGGAAUCCUGACAGCCAGGACGGGCGAAUGGCCCUGACCUCCGGCCGGGGCAGAGCUUUUCACUACAUCUGUGCUGAGUGUGGCGUGGGCUUUACCUCGCCUGCCACGCUGGAGGGCCAUCGCUGUGAACACAGCUGGCACAGGAGCCCUCCCGCCCCUUCUCGUAAUAAGCUUACUCCUUCUUCUCCUGCUCCCAGAGAGGCUAAUGGGGAUCAGGACACAGAUGGGGCUGAUGGACCGUACCACUGCACCGAGUGCCCAGGCGAAUUUGGCUUGGUAUCCGAACUUCACGAGCACUACAUGCUCCAUGCUCGCGGAGAGCUGUAGGUCCUUUUUUCGACCCUUUCCCCCAGCUCACUUCCAUUUUCCCUUGUUGUGAUAGGUGGCCCCUGCUAAGGGAUCUAUCCUGCUAGGAUACGGAAAAGCAGAAACCUCCUUUGCUGUUCGUUCCUUUAAGGGGGAAAAAAAAAAAGACAUUUCUAUAUUUCUGAAAUGAAUUUAGCUUUGGAGCGAGGAGAGACGUGAGCUUUUGUAUCCUGCCUCCCUGGCGGUGAGUGUAGUGACUUAAAAAACAAAAAACCUCAGCCCAUCUGCAGGAAGUGAAGUUUUCCCUUGUCCCUGCCCAGAUCCAGUGAUCUGGAUCCGACGGUCCCUAAAAUAUUCUAACCCCCAAAGGAGAAUCUUGUUCAUGAACUUUUGUAACAGUGGCACUAGCAGAAUUGUGCUCUGUGGAUCCGUUUUCAUUAAUGCAAGCAGAAUUGUCUUCUGCCAGACCCAUCCCAAAUGGGGAGGGAGGGGGGAAGAUAGUAAGGGAUGGAUUGGGAUCGCUUGUCCCGUGUGGAAGAUCCUGCUUUUCAAGACGGUUCCUUCUCAGGCAGGGUCCCGUUUCCAUUGUCGUCAUGUUGGCAUCUGGGUGGUCCAUGCUGAACUGAAGCUGUAUUCUGUUUGUGUGUGUGUGUGUGCGUGUGUGCGUGUGCGUGUUUGGCUUUUAACAAAACAGCUCCUGGGCAUGGCGCCUGAUCCACCUAACUCAUGAAUUUCAACAGUAUCUCUUCACAGUAGUUAGGAGAUAUGGUUUAAUAAAAACAAUUCUGUAUGUAUACGA